UGACGUCAGUCUGCAUCGGAACCAACCUCGACCCAGUCGCAGCCAUUUUACUCCGUAAAAUUAAACUUCAAUCUCGUAGCUGGAGGGAGAGAAGAAGAAGAAGAAGAAGAAAGAAAAAAGUGAAUACAGUUGACAUCUGACAACAGUGGACAUGUCGUUGUGAACCAGAGCUCGGGCGGUUUCCAGUCGUCGCAGUGCGGCUCGACUCCAUGGCUUAAUGUGACUCUGCACAACAACUGUCCCAGACAUCUCUCUCCUCCGUCCCUUGCUGUCCUCUGCUACUACUGGUAGCAGCGAGACAUAACAUAAGGGGACGGUGACCGAUACCCCUGUUCUCAAGCCACCUCCUGAGGCAGGAUGGAGCCCCAGGUUUGCCAGUGGCAGUUCGGAGCAGAGGGGGAUUGUGGGAUGUCGAGUCUGCUGGUGCCCAGUCCCCAGAGUGAGGCGGUGACCCAUGAGCUAGAGGAGCUGACGCUGCAGCCCAUACAGAAUCUACCUCCGCUCAGUGAACGCAAAAAUGUCCUGCAAUUGAGGCUUCAGCAAAGGCGAACCCGGGAGCAGCUGGUGGACCAGGGCAUCAUGCCACCCCUGAAGAGCCCAGCAGCGUUCCAUGGGCAGAUUCGCAGCUUGGAGAGGGCCAGGACUGAGAAUUUCCUGAAGCACAAGAUCCGCAGUCGUCCAGAGAGAGCAGAGCUGGUCAGGAUGCACAUCCUACAAGGUGCUGAUCAUUUACUAAUUCACAAGACUGGAGCAGAGCCCUCAUUGCAGGCCACCCAGAUGAGGCUGAAGAGGGCCCGGCUGGCCGACAACCUGAACGAGAAGAUCGCCCAGAGGCCCGGCCCAAUGGAGCUGGUGGAGAAGAACAUUCUGCCAGUGGAUUCCACUGUCAAAGAAGCCAUCAUCGGUGAGGGACACCAGAGCAGGGACUUUAGUUCAGUCCCGCCACAGAAGACACAAUCAGAAGGAGUCGGCCAGGUGAAUUACCCCAAGGUGUUGGAUGAAGACAGCUGCGAUGCCCUGUCCCCAGAGCAGCCAGCCAGCCAGGCGUCUCUGAGCUCUGCCCCCUCACCAGCGGAGAGCAAAACACCAGAGACGCCCUCUCCCGCCCCAGCACCUGUGCCAUUAUUCAGCACCAUGCUGCAGGCCCUCCCAGUUGCUACACAAGCAACAACAGUGAAAGUGAUCUCUACCAGUGAGCUUCCGCCCAGCCGCCCAGCUGUCACUGCUGCCUUCUCCAAACCAGGCCCAACACUGGUGAAACAAAGCCAGCAGAAGACGCCCUCCGAGAAGAGUCGCAGUAAGAAGGGCAAAGAGCCAAAGUCCAGGGUAAAGAAGCUGAAAUACCACCAGUAUGUUCCUCCGGACCAGAAGGUGGAGGCCAGCGAAGCGCCCAUGGACUCCUCUUACGCCCGACUACUGCAGCAGCAGCAGCUGUUCCUCCAGCUGCAGAUCCUCAGCCAGCAACAGCAGCAUUACAACUACCAGACUAUAUUACCAGCACCACUCAAACCUGUGGCAGAGGGUCAGAGCAGCACGGCGGGCGGCCUGCCAACCUCCAUCGUGGUGUCUUUGCCCACCGCCCCUCCACCUCCCCCUCUGCCUUCAGCUCCGGCUCGACCAAACAAUUCACUGUCAAACCGCAGGCCGGGAGUCCUGCCUGCAAACCUGGAGGAGAUGAAGGUUGCGGAGCUAAAGCUGGAGCUGAAGCUGCGUGGCCUCCCAGUGUCGGGAACAAAGACUGAUCUGAUAGAGAGACUUAAACCUUUCCAGGACAAUCCCAGCACCUCCGCUCCCACCAUCAUUCCUCCUCCCGUCACUACCACCUCCAUGACCAUGGAGGUCUCCACUGCCACCACUGCUUCCACCACCCCUGCCAUAGUACUCCCAGUGCACCAGGUGGCUUCGGAGAGAAUGACCUCCACCCCUCCAGUCUCACCCAUCCCCACUGACCCCUCCGCCCUCCAGCAGGAUGUAGGCAUGUCUGAGGCACAUUCUGAACCACAGAUGGUGAGCGCUGGCUCUGCAGGUCCACGGUCCUCACCUCGCAGCCCAUUUCACAUCCCGCAGGAAAAGGACAGGAGGCUCCAUGAGAAGGAGCGGCAGAUAGAAGAGCUCAUGAGGAAGCUGGAGCAGGAGCAGAGGUUGGUAGAGGAGCUGAAGAUGCAGCUGGAGGUGGAGAAGAGAGGCCAGGGGGGCUGCAGUGCCGACUCUACCUCUGUGUCUCCUAAACUAACCUCUCUACCCACCAUGAAUCCUGUUCCUACUUUGCUGAAUUCAAAUGCAGUGAAAAUGGAGGGUACUGUUCUGUCAAACUGUUCCACUGCUGCUACCAUCUCAAAUCCUGUCCCGGGCUCCCAGGCUCUCACAAGCCCCCUGCCAACGGUGGUGAAGUUGGAAGACGUGACUGUUUCCGCCGGCAAGCCGCUCCAGCUCCAGACCCAAACCCAGCUCAUCACCAAGAUCCAGCCCCAAGUGAGCACCAGCCCGCAUUUGCUCCACCAGUCAAGGAGAAGUCCCAAACUUCAGACCCAGACCCAGGCCCAACCCACUGCCCCCAGCCUGCAGCAAUUCUUCAUCAGCCACCCAGGUAGAGUCUCCCAGGUCCUGGGUCAGUCCCAGACCCUGUUAGCUGCAUCCAGGCAACCUCAGACUCUGCUGGCCACGGCCGCCCAGGCUGGUACCCAGAUCCUCCUCCCAGUCUCACUACCCAACAACGCUGCUGCAAUCCAGCUGCCGCGCACCACUGUCAGCCUGCAGCCAGUUCUCCAGGCCACAGUCUCUAAUCCAGGCCUGGUGCAGGCGUCGGCUCCUCAGCUGCAGAGCACCAAGAUGGAGACCGCACCCAGCCAGCACUUAGUCAACCACAGCCCAUUGCUGCAGACUCUGACAGUGUGCAAUAGUACGACUGACUUAGAGAACCAGGUCAGGCCACAGAUGAAUCCCCAGUGUUUCCUCAGAAGCUCCCAAGAGAGCAGGGUCUCUCCACGGGCUUCGCCCAACCACCACAUCUCCAAUGGACCCGUCAACAAGUCGUCUUCUCCCCAGCCUGCCUUCAUCCUCCAGCCCACCUCCCUCAUUACUCAGCUUCCCAAAUCGAGAGAGCCUCCCCGUUACGAGGAGGCCGUCAAGCAGAGCCGCAACAUGCACGUCAACAACGCUUCUCAGGUUCCCACGGCAACCAGCCAGCAAAUGGACGACUUGUUCGACAUCCUCAUAGAGAGCGGAGAAAUGACACCAUUCAUGCAGCAGGACACCCCAGUGUCUCACACUAAGAACCAUCCAGUCACGGCCAACGUCAGCACACUGCCUGUCAACACAGUGCUCUGCAGACCACCUCCACAGAUCCACAUGGCUCCCCCGCCCACCCUGAGCCCCGCCCUCGACCCCAGCCUGCCCACCCUCUGCUCUCUGGCCACAGACAAUCAGCUGGAGGCCUUCCUGGAGGGGACGCUGGCCGGAACGUCGCCCGUCUCAGAUCUGCGCACGCGGGGUCUGAUGGAGGAGCUCCAUGCCCAGCUGAUGGAGCAGCAGCCCUACUCGCCCAUGGACACAUCGGAUCUGUCGUUCUGCGAUUCCUCCUCUCCCCCCUCCUCACUCAACAUGGGCCUAUCUGACCCGACACUGGACAACAUGGAGUGGCUGGACCUCACCAUGCCCCCGGGUUCUGCCGGGGCUCUCACGCCACUGGGGAUCCCGACAGACUUCCUGGAUUCGCAGGACCUGCAGCUGCACUGGGACUGAUGGAGGCUUGGAAAAGGAAGAUGGAGGAGAAUCAACUGAGCAGCUGAGCCAAGAGUGAGAGAUGGAUGAAGAAGAAGAAGAAAGAGAUUGGUGGCCCGAAAGAGGUAGAAUUAUUUUAAAUGAGGAAACAAAAGGAGGAGAAAUCAUGGCAUGUACGUGCCAUUUCACUCUUUUAACAGUACAUCCACAACAUCUGUAAUAUUCCCACUCUACUACAGUGAGAGACGCUGUACAGGACAGUGCACUUAUCAAGCUGAACUACAAGCAGGAGUUUGCACAGCUUUCAAAAACAGAGGCUUGUUUACAACCGAACAGAGAAGAUAAAAUCAAUGUGAUAAAGGGGGAGGGACUUUAAACAGAGUCGGCGUGUUCAGCGUCUGAUGUCGUGAUUUCAGUGCUGAUUUCUUUACAGAAAGGAGGCGGCCGAGCAAAAUGAAGAUUGGUAGCAUUGGACGCUUUGUAAAUACUGUUAAAACCACACUAAUACAACUGCCCAGUUUUUUUCUACUGACAGUGUGGCUGGUUUAUCUUUCAGUGACUCCUGUGUCUGAAGCCCAGUAACUUCAUGUGGCGCUUCUGUCGGCAUUCGUUCCACUGAGGCAUACAACAGUAUGUUAUAACAGCUGGUACAGAAGUUACAGCGCAAUAACUGUAAUAAACAGACAACAGAUUAAAUCUAGUUGUGAUGAAAACAUUCACAAGUUUAGAUUCUUUAACAAGGAUGCGUUUGAGUCGUGGGCUUCUCUCAGCUGAUAACCACUUCCUCAUCUAAAUGUUUUGAGAAUUCGGGAAGGGCUGUCAAAUCUGUUCCCUUUAUAAUUGUGAAGCCAGACGCGCUCUGACGUUUCUCCGAGCCAAGUUUUUUUUAAAUUGCCCCAACCUGUUCACACUGGUCCAGUCUGCCACAUUACUGUCGACUACAUGUUUGCUGACAACUCUGAUUUUCUCUGACCCAUCACAACGUCUCCUGCGGUCAAGCUGACGAACAAGCUGACGAACUUGAGACGAGAGGAGGACGCUCCUCCGUCGAAGUGAGAGGUAUGCACUAAACCAGAUGGCAAGACCGAACCACGCGCCCCCCUUCACCUAGGAACAGGGAAACAUGAACUUGGCAUUUCCAAGGUGAUCGUUAAUACAAAGUGAUCAAAAUGAUUGCGAUCGGCGCGGUGAUCAUGUGGCCGAGCUCUCCAGAGACACUGCAGUUGUUUUCCCAAGUUACUCUGAAUGUACUUUUGACAGGAAUGGAAAAGUAAGACUUUUACUUACAAAGUUGGCAGCUUUUCUUUUUCUUUAAUCUUUUCUUCUCUCCCUCUGAUGGUAAACUGACAAAAAACAAUAGAAAGGGAGCAAACAAGCAGACGUGACGUGUGAAUUGUGUGUAAGUCACCGCAAGUUACAUCAAGAACGAUUUCUUUUUGAGAAGAUGAUCUUUAUACCCAGCUGUCCUACAGUAUCCCUGCACUUUGUGUACGUGUGUGUGUGUGUGUGUGUGUGUGUGUGUGUGUGUGUGUGUGUGUGUGUGCGUGUGCGUGUGUGCGCGCGCCUGUGUGUGCGUGCCUGCACGUGUGGAAUUGUCUUCCUGUCUCUUGCAUGGACACCCGUGUGUGUCUCUCUCUGUGUGCACGAUCUUAUCCACAUUUAACUUCACCCUUCAAAAGGCUUCUGAUGACUGUUGUACUGUUUUGAAUCGGUGUCGUACUGUCGGUGUGAUACAGUCACUAACGCGCACACAAACACCUCUUUGAGGGCUCCGCUCCCUUUAAAGCCGUCACCAAUGCUCCACGUUUAUUUGUCACGGAUUGCAUCAUAUCCCACUCACUAAUGAGUUACUGAUUUAGUAUCGUAGUCUAACUCUUCCAUUUGGGAUCAAUACUUUAUGGCACUUUGAAAUAAGAUUGCUCUUUUUUAACUCACUUUCAGUGAAAUUGCAUUCACGUUUGAACCACUUCCUUGUGUUAUUACAUCCAUGGGCACUAGAGGGCGUUUGCUCUCCAGCUGUGGCACGACGGCACAUUGUUGUUGGUACUUCAGGGUCAUUUCUAGCAGAAUGAAAAGUCAAUUGGGCUAUUUUAUGUUGUUGUUUUUUUAUGUUUUCUAUUUUUUUCGAAGAAAUGCUGACUUGCUGUUCACACAUCAGCAAUAAUGUGGAGAGCUGAGCAAAAUGACGGAGAUGUCAACACUGUCCUUCAACUGCUGCAGUGACACGUUUGUCUUCAGAUCAACUCCAACAGAGUUACGCCAAAUACUGCACCGACCUGCUCCUGGACUUUGUUGUACGUAUCCCACUGACUGUACCCGUUGUGUUGUAGUUGUGUUUCUUUCUUUUUUUUCUCACAUUACAUUGGAUGAACAGUAAGAGUCACUAGUUGAUUUUUUUGUGUAUCCUAGAAGAGAUGAUGAUUCGUUAACUGUUUUUUGUUAUUGUUUUUUUCCCUUCCAUCAGCUUUAAUCAGAUUUGAUAUUUUGUCGCCAGAAAAGGCAGUGGAACAUUAUGUUUUUGUUUAUUUUUCAGGGGUGAAAAGCAAAAGAACUCAUGUAAUCUUGUUUUGAUGCUUGUGUAAAAUCUGUAAGCAAAGAUUCCCUUUGUAUAAUUUGUUUGGUUUGCGGAGCCUUUUCAUAUCAGACGUGUACACGGGCCUCUCGGCUGCAGCCGAUCUACAUCAUGAAUAACAGUGACGUUGUUGUCGCCGACUGGCCACACGGGGACAGCUCAAAGCAAUAAUGGCUGCUCUCCCUCGAUAUACUGUACUCAAUAUCUAAUCCUGCCUUGGUUUUAUCCAUGUGGGGGCCUUUACUGCGUAUGAAGGCCAAGAUCAAAAACACUUCAUAUCUGAGCGAUUAAGUGGUUUGUUUAAAUAUCUUAUUUUAGCCAGUCGGCUCCUGCUCGUCCUCACACCUUUAUCGUCAUGUGAACAUUGUACAUCCCGGGUGGAGAAGUUGAACGUCAGAACAGAGCUCGAGGACGUUUCUUUACAUGAUAUAAUAUGUAUUCUGGAGACAUUAGUGGAAGUGUAGAUGAGGCUCAGAGGUUCUCCAUCAGCUAAUUUACAUUCUUCUCUGUAUCCGAGUCUCCUCCAUCUCCACCACCCACGCCAUGCCUCUUGUUGUUUGUAAUGCCAUAUGUUUUGCACAUUAUGUAUAUAUUUAUAUAGAUGCAAUGCAUAUUUUUAUACAUGUGUAACAUCCAUGGGCUCUUUAUUUUGUAAAUACUUAAAAAAAGAUGUAUAUAAGUACUGUAUGCCUUUGUGUCAUUAAAAUUUGGUGUACUGUGAA